AUGUCAGCAAAGAUAAAACCAAAAUAACCUCAGAAGAGAUUGUAGUGUUAAUAUUGCAAGGAAAAGAUAGAAAAUGACAAUUACUAUUUAUGCGAUUGUGGAUAUUAAUAUUUUAAUCAAUCACUUUAGACAUAGGAGUGUUUUACCAAAUUACUUUAGAUUAUCCAAAUCCUUUUAGUCACUAAAAUAAAUAUCAAUAAGUUUUUUUCAUAUGGAAUUCGAAUAAAAAGAGAGUAUUUUCAAUUUGAAGUAUGUCUGAUUGAAAUGUGUUGGGAUUGUUAUGACGAUUUUUAAGACAAUUAAGAACCAUUUUGCCCUAAAUGUGAUGCAGAAUUAAUAUCUGACUCAGAAGACGAAUAAAUUACAAAACCUAAAAAUGAGCCUCCACUUUCUAAAUCUACUUCUCUAUAAAAUCAAGGGGCUAAUAGCCAACUGAAAUCUUCACCAUCAGCAGUAAAUAAAUCAAGUAGUAGCACUGUAGGAGCAGCAAGUUCUGCAAAUACAACUACUACCACAUCAUCAAUAAAUACUAGCGGUUUCAACUAUAAUGAUCUAGCAAAAGUAAGAGUUAUCAAGAAAAAUUUAGUAUAUGUGAUUGGUUUAGCUCCAGAGAUAGCCAACGAAGAGACCUUGUUAAAGAAGGAAUACUUUAGUUAGUAUGGAAAAAUAACAAAAAUAGUUGUUAAUACAAAUAAUGCAUACAAUCCAAAGGGACCAAAUGGGCCUUCUUAUUCAGCAUAUAUAACAUAUUCUUCUGAAAGAGAAGCUUCUAUGGCUAUAUUAGGAACAGAAGAGUAUUAAAUAAAUGAUAGAAUAAUUAGAGCUUCAUAUGGUACAACUAAAUAUUGCUCUUACUUUUUAAAGUAGUAAGACUGUCCUAAUUUACCUGAGUGUUUAUAUCUUCAUUCAUUUGGAAAAGAUAAAGAAUUUUUCUAAAAAGACGAAGCAACAUCAAAUAAAAAUAUAUUUAUUGACCAAUAAAAGAUGGCUAUAAAAAAUAUACAAAAAUAUAUACCUGAUCUAGUUAAAAUAAAAAAUACACCAGUGACAUAUAAUUCUGUACUACCCACUCCAUAAAGUGUAAUUGAAAAGUUAAUUGAAUAAGAUGUCUUAGAUAUAAAACAAAAACCAGCAGAAUCAAAUUCAAACGAUUAAAAAGGUGAUAAAAAGAAAAAAGAAGACAACACUCCUUUGAUUGAUUAGUGGAGUAUCGAUUUUUCUAUUCCUCAAACAGCUCCUAAAAAAGAUAAAGAGGAUUCAAAGAAAUAGGAAUCUUCUUCUCCACAAUAAACAGUUAGAAAAUAAUCUAAAUCAAUAUCUGAAAAAGAUCUCAAUACAAAUAAUACAUAACCAACUUCCAAGUCUCCUUAGUAGAAUUAGUAAAGCAGUACACCACCAGAAACAUCUUCAAAUAAAUAACAAGAAGGUGAAAAAUCUAAUAAGAUAUAAUAAUCUGCUAAUGGUUAGUAAUAAAGUGAAGAAAAAGCUUUUUCAAAAGAGGAGUUCUUAAUGAAAGCUAUGAAUGGAGUUUUAUAAAGUCCAUCUCGCAGUCACUCUUCUUCUCUUUCAUUACAAAACAACACAAACACAAACUAAACAUAGAAUUAAAAUAUUAUACAAAACUCUAACUAAGGGAAACCUUAGUCAUAAACUAUAUAAAAUAAUAGUUAAACAAACAUUACAAUAAAUAAUAGCAAUUCGAAUUCUAAUCUAUAAAAAGCUGCUAGCUAAGUUGUAGCUGAGUAAACCAAAAAAGUAGAAAAAUCUCCUAUAAAAGAAUAAAUCUAGAAAUAAGAUGAAUAAAAAAAAGACGAAUAAAUAGAAAGUAGAAAGACAGGAAACGCCUCUGCUGGAAGUAGCAACUAAUCUAGUAAUGUAGCAAGUACAAAUCACUCAAGGACUUCUUCUACUAAUUAAAAAGCAUCUGGUUCAAAUAGCUAUCCUCAAAACUAAGCUUCUAAUACAAAUGGAAUAAAUAAUAAAUAAAACUCUGUCACUCAAAAUGGAAAUCAUGCUGAAAAAAAAGAAACAAGCAGAAAAGAGCAAUCAGAAAAUAAAUAUUAAAAACACUAAUACAUACCUGUAAAUCAAUAAACCAAGCAGUCAUCGCAAUCAGUUGAACCUUAGAAGGAAACUAACUUAUAAACUCAAAAUGUUACAUAGCAGCAACAACAAUAGAAUUAGUAAUAGUCCCCUGCACCUCUUGAAAGUUAACCAAAAUAAAAGGAAGACAACAAAUAGGUAAAAUCUUCAACUGCUUCUUAGCAAAAGCCUUAAAACGGUAGCCAAAAUAGCUAAUAAACUUAAACAUAAUAAUAAAAUCAUUAAAACGAACAAGUUAAUAUCCUGGCUUAAUCUAAGUAGCAAAAUACAUAAAAUGGCUUACAACAAUAGGUUUAAAAUAGCUAAAAUCAUAAUAUAUAAACUUCUCAGCACUAAUAGAGCCCUAGUACUUCUACUAGUAGUAGCAAUGUUACUCCUCAUAACUCCUCCAUACAUCCUCAUCAUUAGCAUACAGUUUCAGAACCUAUUGCACCUAAAUAUAUCCUAUAAAAAGUAGAAAAAAGAGAAAAAACUUUAAGCUCUGACAAUUAAAUUAUGAAAAGACUGAUUACAAGAACAACACAUCAAAAAAGUGCUUCUUCUCGCUUUGAUUUUGCUAAAAACUCUGAAAAUAGUGACUAACCUGUUGAAGAUGUAGAUGUAAUAAAUCAUAUCUUUAAUGGACAAUAUAUAAUCUUAACAAAGUCAUAUAAUUAGAGUUCGAAUAAUUUUGAUAAAAAUGAGUAUUGA